AUGAAGAUUUGUACGUUUGCAACCAAUGUGGCAAGUAUUAUAUGCAUAGAAGUAGUUUGCAAAGGCACUCAAAAUUCGAAUGUGGAAUGGUGCCCAGGUUUGAGUGCAUUUUUUGUAAACGCAAUAUCGUCAUUUAUAAUUCUAUGUAGUGUAUCGUACAAAUUGUUCUUUUCAGUUGAAAUUUUCGGCCGUUUCGUCUGUCCUAACCAAUGUGGCCGUCACUAUAAACAAAAACAUCAUAUGACGUAUCAUUUAAAAGUAGAAUGUGGCAAAGAGCCUACAUACGAAUGUCCAAUAUGUCAUCGAAAAUAUACAAGGAAGUACUCAAUCAAAACUCACGUAACUCUUGUACAUGGAAUAUUGUAUGAAGAUGCUAUUAAAAUGGUUUAUAACAGAAAUGACAAAUUGACAUUUUUGAUUCCAGGGAAAUAUUUCGAUCGUUUUUAUUGUCCUAAUAAUUGUGGUCACAAUUAUAAAAGAAAAGGCCAUAUGAUGUUCCAUUUUAGAUUUGAAUGCGGUAAACCGCCAUUGUUCAGGUGUACUAUGUGUUCUCGAAAAUUCCACCAGAAAUCAAGUCUUAAGACUCAUGUGGUCUCUGUACACAAAAUGUUGUUCAAUAAUAGUGAGAUCGGAGAUCGGUUUAUGUGCCCCAAUGGUUGUGGUCGUCAUUACAAGCAUAAGACACAUAUGUCUUAUCAUUGGAAAUUCGAAUGCGGCAAAUCGCCCAAAUUCAUCUGUCCAAAGUGUGAUCGACGGUUUUACCAGAAAUCUAAUUUGAAAACUCAUGUAGUUACCAAACAUAAAAUUUUGUAUAGUCAAUUAAUAUUAUAAAUGAAAUUUUUUGAUGACGAUUUUUUUUUCCAGUGUUCUAAUUAUUUUUUACUUAUUGAAAUAAAUGAUUUUUUUAAAAAUGUUUUUAGAAGUUUUGUUAUCGCAUCAAACUAAUGGGGUUUUAAUUUUUGUCCAUUUUAAAUGAUUUGUGGAAAUCAGUUAAGCUUAUUGUUGUGUGGAAUUGAAAUUUAUACUAUUUGAAUGGUGUAUCUAAUAUUAUGUAAAAUUAAUUUAAGCAUAUAUUUUCGUAAUAGUUUGAAUAAAUGGUUAAUUAUUGUUUAUGUUGUAUCUUAUUUGUAAAUGAUAUUCUGUGAUAAUUAAAUAAAAUGUUUUUAAUGCACAGAUAUAUUAAACAUUUCUUUUUAUAAAUAUAUGUUAAGUCUCAUUUAUCAACAUUUUUUUGUCUUAGGUAAAUCGUCUAUAGCUUAUGUAGUACCAAUAAAUGGACGUUUUUAUUGUUUGAAUAAUUGCGGCAGACAUUAUAAAAACAAAAGGGACAUGGGCUAUCAUUUUAGACAUGAAUGUGG